AAUUAUAGUAGAGAGGAAUAGGAUCCCUAGUAGUGAAAGGUCAUGACAGAAGGAUGUUCAUUGUUCUGAUGUUCAUUGUUAGGUCAUUACCUUCCCAUCGAUCGAUAUCACUUGCUGCUGCCACUCUCUCAAUAUUUUACUACCAAUAUUGGUGCCCUCUGAGUUUUUCAAUUUUUACGUAUUGUCAUCCAAUUGCUAUUUUUCUCCCAACUUACCUUGUUUCUGUAUAUUGAAAAGAAUCAGUAUGAAUAAGAGAGGAAAAUAUACAACAUUAAAUUUAGAGGAAAAAAUGAAGGUCUUGAGUAGAAUUGAGUCUGGGCACUCUCUUAAAAGUGUAAUGGAUGAAUUUGGAAUAAGUAAAUCAACAUUUUAUGACAUUAAAAAAAAUAAGAAAUUGAUUUUGGACUUUGUGUUAAAGCAAGAUAUGCCAUUAAUAGGAGCAGAGAAAAGAAAGAGAACAACAGGUGCCAAAUAUGGAGAUGUUGAUGAUGCAGUAUACAUGUGGUACCAACAAAAGCGUUCAGCUGGUGUUCCAGUUAGAGGUGUAGAACUUCAGGCUGCUGCUGAGAGAUUUGCACAGUGUUUUGGUCGAACCGACUUUAAAGCUAGCACUGGUUGGCUUUUCAGAUUUCGAAACAGGCACGCAAUUGGGAAUCGAAAAGUAUGUGGGGAACAAAUUCUGAGUUCAGUUUCAGAAAAUGUUGAACCUUUUAGACAAAAGCUAUCCAUGAUUAUAAAAGAAGAGAAAUUAUGUCUUGCUCAGGUGUACAAUGAAGAUGAGACAGAUCUCUUUUGGAAGUCAAUGCCAGAAAAUAUUCAGGCAAAUAAAAAAGAUAUAUGUAUGCCAGGGCGGAAAAUAAACAAAGAACGGCUAUCAGCUCUUUUAUGUACAAAUGCAGAUGGGACCCACAAAUUGAAGUCAAUUAUUAUUGGAAAAUCAAAGCAGCCUGGGUCUAUUAAGGAUAAUAUAAAUGCUUUACCAGUAAUAUAUAAAUCCAGUAAAGAUGUGUGGUUCACCAGAGAAUCAUUUUCAGAAUGGUUCUUUCAAAACUUCAUUCCUGAAGUUAGAGAUUUUCAGCUUAAUGUCCUGAGAUUGGAUGAAAAAGAUGUAAAAGCAGUGUUACUCCUAGACAAUUCUCCAGCCCAUCCUUCAGCUGAGUCUCUAAUUAGCAAUGAUGGGAGAAUCAAGUGUAUCUUCUUUCCCCCAAACACUACAUCAUUCAUUCAGCCAAUGAAUCAGGGUGUGAUCUUGAGCUGCAAGCGACUUUAUAGAUGGAAGCAGCUUGAAGAGAGCCUAGUAAUCUUUGAUGAGAGUGAUGAAGAACAGGAAAUAAGGGGAGAAAAAACAGUUGGAAAAAUCAAAGCUUAUGACAUAAAAAAUGCAAUUUUUAACUGGGCAAAGAGUUGGGAAGAAGUAAAGCAAAUAACAAUAGCAAAUGCAUGGGAAAAUCUACUUUACAAAAAAGAACCAGAAUAUAAUAUUCAAGGCUUAGAAAAUGGUGAUUACAGAGAAAUUCUUGAGCGAUGUGGUGAUCUGGAGACAAAUUUAGAUGAUGUCAGGGUGUGGUUAACUGAAGAUAAUGAAGCACAUCACCCCACCAAAACAGAAGAAGAUGUUACUAGAGAAGUUACCCAGGAAGGAGGAGUUGUUGAAGAGGAGGCAGAACAACAUUCAGCAAAGUUUAAAUUAUCCAGUGUUCAAGAGAAUUUGGACUGUCUUCUUGACUUUGUUGAUGCCACUCCUGAGUUUCAAAGAUUCUAUUUCACCCUGAAAGAGAUGCAACAAGAACUAAUCAAAAAACAAUCCCAGAGAAAAGCCCAUUCUAAAAUUGGUAACUUUUUAAAACCAAGGGUUCAUAAUAUUAAAGAUUCCUUUAACUUGCCUUCAACUUCUGGUUCUAAUAAUUAAGUCUUCUAUGUCAAAAGACUUGUUUGCAAUCUGUUUGAUACAGCAGGCUUGGUGUGAAUUUUUUUUAUUUAACUUAUCUCACAUUACUUAAGAGUACCCAUUUAUAGCUUUAGUUUAUAAUGUGCAUAGUACUUGAAAGUAAUAAAAAUUUACAUUUCUUUAAAACA